AUGGCUACCAAAUUCACAUCCUUCCUUUACCUGUCAGUAUGGCUUCUUGCCGGACAAGUGUCAUGUGGCUCCAUUGCAGCGUGGUGGAAUACAAGGGCUCCCAGUUUUAUUAUGCAGGACGAUGAUACCGGCGGUAUACGAUAUAGUCUCUGCAACGGCAACUACACGCCAAUAUUUCCAGACGACAAGACGCUCAUAGCUCCCUUCAAAGACCACCCACCGAAAAACAAAACGGGCCUGUCCGCAACCGGGUGGAUGGAUGGCGAAACUGCUCGGGCAUCAAUUUUUUACAUGGAUAAUAACGAUGAGAUUGUCAAUACGCUCCUAGAAUGCGAUUGGAAUACGGGACACUGGGAAAAUGCGGGAGAGUAUGUCGUCUCUGGGGGAGCUCCUAAAGUAGCGCCAGACUCGGGAUUGUCAGCUGUGCUGCUUGGAUCGGCGGAGGGAUACCGAGUAUAUUACAAUGACCUCGAGGGAACUCUUCACGCAAUCGGAUACACGCCAAGCACGACAUGGUCUUAUUAUGGUGUAAUCUCCCAUGACGCAGCCUCUUCCCAGGCUAUUGGGUCUACCUUCUCCUCCAACGGCAAUAUCUCAGUUGUGAGGCCCAGAGAUGGCAAGAAUGUGGGAGUAUCGCAGUUUGAUGGCAAUGGCAUGUGGAAUAUAUCAACCUUCCCGCAGUCAUUAACACAGACAGGGAACCACUCAACAAACGCAACAAAGGCAUCCGACCUCAAGCUCAGCUCCAAUAGUCCUAACUUUAGCCUCCCGGCUUGGGAUGGUAGCGUAUCUGCGCUCGCCGUAACCAUUAACAACAAGAAUACGCGUAGCAUCUUCUACAUUGGCACCGACAAGAAAUUGUACCAAAUUAGUAACGGCGACGGCAACAGCACAUGGAGCAUAGCCCCGCGCCCAGAUGACGAGGAUAAAUCUUGGCCCGUAGCCGAUGCGGCCGGCGGCCCGAUCAGCAUCGCAAGCGACACCGGGAGCCGCAUCACGCGCUUGUACUACAUGAGCGACGGCCACAUGGUCGAGGUCAACGGCGACUACGGGAGAUGGCAGCCAGCCACCGUACUACCGAGUACCAACACAAGCCAGACAACUACAGCACAGGCAUCAGCGGCGACAACUACAUCGCCAUCAGAUGAAGAUAAUGGGGGUUUAAGCGACGGUGCGAAAGCAGGGAUUAGCGUUGGCGUAACACUAGGCGUUAUCGCGCUUGCGGGAACACCAUUUGUAUUAUGGCUAUUACGCCGGCGACAGCGUAGAAUCGACGAGGCAGCUGCGGCGGCGAUGGUGGCGGUGAGAAUAGAUCAAUACAAGCCGGAAAACGGAUACGCAGGACCAGGACCAGCGUACGGUCCUGAUGGAACGCAGGCUGGGGCUCAAACGGCGGUUGGUGCCGACGGGUAUGCGUAUGGUGCACCGCAGACUUAUGCAGGAUAUCCACAGGCUCAGCCGCUUCUACCUGGGUAUGGACAACAACAGCAGCAGCAGCAGCCACAAGAAGGAGUUGUUUACUCACAGCAGAUGGGUUAUGCCAUGACUGCGGAUGGAUACGCACAACCUACCGCGACAACAGCAGGGUAUCCGCAACAGGCGGGGUUCACGCAAGAUGGAGGAUGGAUGUAUACUCCGCCGACCGGGGAUAAUGGAGCACACUACCAACAGCAACAGGAACAACCACUUCAGCAUCAGCAGCAACAAUAUUACCACCAACAACAUCAACAUCCGCAAGAGAUGCCGGGGGAUACGAAACCCGUUGAGUUAAUGGGCGAGGGACACUACAAAGAAGUGCCGUGA